GCAAGAGAAGUGGAACAACGAUUUGAGGAAAAAUGGGGAUUUCCUGGUGUUUUAGGUGCUAUCGAUAGAUGUCAUAUUCUAGUCAAAGGACCACGAAAAAACCUAAAACAGUACAUAAAUCAUAAGGGGUUUCACUCGCCGCAGUUACAGGUAAUUUGCGAUGCGGACAUGCUAUUCGCUGAUGUGUUUUGUGGUUAUCCUGCUUCUGCACAUGAUGCCAUAGUCUUCAGAAAUUCACCCUUUUUCCAAGAUGCUGAAGCAAAUCCCGAUGUCGUAUUUCCAAGAAAUAUCCAUCUGAUUGGUGACUCUGCAUACCCUUUAAAGGUGUGGGUGCUCACCCCUUUUCGAGAAAAUGGGCGUCUCACCAGGAGACAAAGAUGAUAUAAUUUCGUUCACAGCUUGACAAGAAUGAUUGUAAAAAGAUCCCUCAGUCUCUUAUAAGGGUAGAUUUAGGAAGACAAAGACACUAA